AGAGCACUCCCGCGCCCACCACGGGCACUCUCACGCUCACGGGCACGUGCACGCGCCGCCCUCGUCCAUCGCGUCCGUCGCGUGGAUGGUCAUCAUGGGCGACGGCCUGCACAACUUCACCGAUGGAAUGGCUAUAGGUGCUGCAUUCGCUUACAUAGCUGGUGGUUUCUCCACAGCCAUCGCUGUUUUAUGCCACGAAUUGCCACACGAACUAGGCGACUUCGCAGUCCUGCUGAGCGGCAUGUCGGUGAAGCGCGCGGUGUGCUACAACAUCCUGUCGUCGGGGCUGUGCCUGCUGGGCAUGGUGUGCGGCGUGCUGGCCGGACACGCGCCCUCCGCCACGCGCUGGCUGUUCGCCGCCGCCGCCGGCAUGUUCCUGUACAUAGCGCUCGUCGAUAUGAUGCCAGAACUAAGUACAUCGCACAGCAAAGAGGGCACAUUCUGCCAGUGCGUGCUACAACUGAUGGGGCUCGCGACUGGCAUUGGCAUAAUGCUGGUCAUUGCUCUCUACGAGCAGGACCUCAAGAACUUAUUCGGUUAACGUGUUAAAGUGACGAAAUCCGUGCUAAUGACAAAAAUCCGUGCUAAUGUGACCAAAAUCCGUGAUCCGUGCAAAA